UUCUUUCUUCUACAAAUCUCAUCCAGCACCUCCCAUGUAAAAGGAUGAUGAAGAAAAUGAGGGAAGAUGGCCCACCAUCAAAGGCCCACCAAUGCGCCACCGGUGAAAUGAACGGUUCAGAUCCGACCUCAUCAUGCCCGGUCGGGUUGCGACUAUUAAUACAAAGUUCGGGGCGGGAAUCCAACGUCAUCAACAAGUCCGUGUCCAUACUGACCAAAUCUGUGCAUCCUAACCGUCGAAUUCCAUCAUCUUUUCCAGAAUCAAGCUUCCUUAAGGCAUGUCAGCUAUGCAAGAAGGAACUCACCCCUCUCGACGAUGUGUACAUGUACAGGGGUGAUCAGGGAUUCUGCAGUGUGAAGUGUAGAUGCAGGCAGAUUUUCAUAGAUGAGAUGAGAGAGAUGGAGGCUUCUGCGAGGGGCCCACCGGCCCCACCUCUACGUAGCAAUCGAGGCCGUCGAAUGCCCAAAUCCAAUCGCUGUGGAGGAAUCCUAGCCGUGGGUUAAUACGAAUUUUCCACACGAGAGAUGCUCCCAAGCAACCCAUCUAUGCAAACUUCCAAAUGUGGCCCUGUCUUUCACAUGUGUAAGGCAUCUGAGUCAUGCAAGGGGUAUAUCCACACCGUCAAAAUAUGAGUGGACAGCCAAUGGUUUGAUAGAAAAUGUAAGGUCUGGCCCAUUAUUGAGCAGAUCAGCAUAAUCUUCAUGAUGUGGCUACGGCUCAGAUGUCCUGCCACAUCUUUAUAUCAUGUAUGAUAAGAAAAUAAAUAGAAGGAAAUUAUGUAUAUUUCAUCUAUA